UUGGCGAAAGAACGGCGGGGCGGGAUAUCCUGCUCGCUGAUUGGUCGAAAGCUUUUGAGUUUACCCCGUUUCUUCCUGGCUGUCUUGAUCAGAGGAAAUUUGGUUGUUUGUAAAUCAUUGCAACGAUAGGGAAAGUUGGCAACAUCAUGCCACUAAGAAAAAGCUGUAGUCUGUUUUUAUUUCUUAUUUUGUCGUUCUUUUUAACUGCACAAUGCAAAUUCCCGACUCUUGACCACAUUAAACCCAGAACCAGCGACAAGGUUCAGACUCGAGCGGUGUCCGAGCUCCUGAAGAGGCUGCUGGGAAACAGAUCAGCGGAAUUCUUUGUGUCUGUGAACCGGAGUCUUUCCAACAACAGUCUGGAAGUGUGUGAGCUCAGGUCCACCAAAAACAACAAGGUCUUCGCUUCAGGCAGCACCGGCGUGGCUGUGGCUACUGGUAUUUACAACUACCUGAAGUAUUUCUGCGGCUGCCAUGUCUCGUGGUCCGGAGACCAGCUGGAUCUACCCAGUCCCCUGCCAAAACUCAGCGGAGUUCUGCGCAUCAGCAGCCAGCACAGAUUCCGUUACUACCAGAACGUCUGCACGUUCAGUUACUCCUCUGUGUGGUGGGACUGGCCGAGGUGGGAGAGAGAGAUCGACUGGAUGGCACUGAAUGGCAUCAACCUGCCACUGGCUUUCACUGGACAGGAAGCUCUGUGGCAAGAGGUUUACCGUGCUCUGGGUUUGAACCAGUCAGAGAUUGAAGAGUUCUUCUCCGGCCCAGCUUUUCUUGCCUGGAACCGAAUGGGAAACAUGUUCAAGUUUGGCGGACCUUUGCCACAGUCUUGGCACGUGAACCAGCUCUAUCUCCAAUUUAAAAUUCUGGAGAGAAUGAGAUCCUUUGGCAUGGUUCCUGUGCUGCCAGCCUUCUCUGGGAAUGUUCCCAAGGGAAUUCUCAGACUCUAUCCUGAUGCCAAUAUAACCAGACUGGCUCCUUGGUCUCAUUUCAACUGCAGCUUCUCCUGCUCCUAUAUCUUAGACCCCCGGGACCCACUGUUUCUCCAGAUCGGUUCCCUCUUCCUGUCCCUGGUGAUGAAACAUUUUGGGACAGAUCACAUUUACAACACAGACACGUUCAACGAGAUGAAUCCUCCAUCCUCCGACCCGGCUUAUCUAUCUGCCGUCAGCAGCUCCGUCUUUUCAUCGAUGACUGCAGUUGAUCCUCAAGCUGUUUGGCUGAUGCAAGGCUGGUUGUUCAUCAAUAAUGCAACGUUCUGGAAACCAGCCCAGAUUCGGGCCCUGCUACAUGGAGUACCCCUCGGACGAAUGAUCGUGCUGGACCUGUUUGCAGAAACGGAGCCGAUGUUCUCUUCCACUGAGUCCUUCUAUGGGCAGCCAUUCAUCUGGUGCAUGCUGCACAACUUUGGUGGUAACAGUGGUUUAUUUGGCACAGUGGACAGCAUCAACUCUGGGCCUUUUAAGGCCAUCCAGUUCCCCAACUCUACGCUGGUGGGCUUGGGCAUAGCUCCUGAGGGCAUUGGGCAGAAUCCAGUGGUCUAUGAGUUGAUGAGUGAAUUAGCCUGGCGCAAAGAGCCAGUCAACUUGUCCAAGUGGGCUACGUUGUACGCGAUGCGUCGGUAUGGCAGCACUCUGGAGAACCUGAGUGCUGCUUGGACGCUGCUCUUCAGGAGCGUCUAUAACUGCACCAUACCACAUUACAAGAACCACAACCACAGUCCACUGGUGCGCCGGCCGUCAGUCCACAUGAACACAAGUCUGUGGUACGACCCGGCAGAUUUGUUCAAAGCCUGGAAACUGAUUGUGGAGGCGGCUCCUGCUCUCAUGUCCAGAGAAACCUUUCGAUACGACCUUGUUGACGUGACUCGUCAGGCUCUACAAGUGCUGACCACGUCCUUUUACCAGGACAUUGUCGGAGCCUUUCAGAAACAAAAGAUCUCAGAGCUAUUGGCGGCAGGCGGCGUGCUGAUCUAUGACCUCCUGCCUGAGCUCAGUCGUUUGCUGAAUAGUGAUCGCAAUUUCCUGCUGGGGACAUGGCUGGAGCAGGCACGGUCCCAAGCACUGGAUGAAGGGGAGGCCCAGCUUUAUGACAUAAAUGCCAGAAACCAGCUGACACUGUGGGGCCCCAGUGGUGAGAUCCUGGACUAUGCCAGUAAAGAGUGGGGAGGCCUCAUGGAGGACUACUACGCCCAGCGCUGGGGGCUUUUUGUUCACAUGCUGGUUGAGUGUCUGGACAGUGGACGACCAUUUAAGCAGGACACCUUCAACCAGGCAGUGUUUCAGGUGGAAAAAGGAUUUGUUUACAACAGCAGACGCUAUCCCACCAAACCUCAGGGAGACACCUACGAGAUUGCCCUGAGAAUAUUUCUCAAGUACUAUCCACAGGCCUUAGAGAGAUUAAAGUGAAAGGAGGACACGCUAAAGAGGAAAAACUCUUACUAAGCCACAGCAAAAAGAAUGUCUUCCUUCAGCUCCAGUUGAACCUCUUACCAAAUCCUCAGAAGCAGCACAGGAAGUGAUAUGAAUACACAGAGUUCAGUUAAACAACACUGACUUGUGAAAGAGUAGACAAUUAACAGAUGUGUUUGGUGACCACUUUGAUUUGAAGACCUUACAGAAGGACAACAGUGGACACGAGGACAGUCCUCACAAACUCUACCUUAACUGGGUUUGGUUUAAAGAUAGAUUUACGUUCACUGAAGCAGUGGAUUUACAUGUAAAAGUGACUGACUACACGGUGCAAACCUACUGAGAACAAGCUGUCCACUAAGCACCAGGUGAUCGGUCUAUUUUUCAUCUUUUUAACUCUAUUUAAAUUUUACUAUUUUCUCCUGUGACUGUAUUCUAACCCCUCGUGCUGCUGCCUGGCAGGUCCAAUGACUCUGUUGUCCAUAGUCAUUAAUGACAUGUUUAGAUGUUAACUGCAGUACAUCACACAUUGUCAGAACAAAGGCUUUUUAAUAAUAUGUAUAUUUGUUUGGUUAAAAUGUCAGUAUUGACAGUGUUAGUAUCAUGGGAGAAAAACAAUGUAUGUAGCACUACUACGUCAAGAGACGGGAAACGGAAUAUUUGUCAACCAACAGUAUUACUGUAGUUUUCUGUAGUGCUAAAUUUUGUAUUUUGAAUAAAGUGUUGAUUCUUCUUAAAGAAUA